AUGAACAAUCCUGAAUUCCGCCAGACUCUACACAACCUCUCUCACAACCUCGAAAGCGCAAACCAGACAGCGCAAGAGAACAUCUACACAUUUACCCAACUUUAUAUCGACCCCUGUUUGUCAGGAGUGAAAUCCUGUCUAUACGACUGCACGGCACCAUGUUUCCCAAACCGGGAGGGCAGUUUGCGCCGACGAAGGGGCCGGUCCCGUGGUCGCGCCGAAUACAGCUUUGACUUCUAUAGCGCAUGGGAAGAUGAAGAGGAGGCAAACGAGAAUACUUUACGAUGGGGGGAUGAUGAGCUGGACAGUUUAUUGGCAGGACGCGGCUCGGCAUCAGAACAACCGAAGAGACAGCGCGCAAUGAGCUAUGGCUCUCGGGGACGCCGAAAACCGACAACUCUUCACCCUGAACCUGAGGUAGAUCCUACUAUUAUCCCUGGAUCUUCAUACCUAGGUUUCUUGGAGCGGUUACCGUGGAAGAUUGGUAGCAGGACGCUUCGAUACAAACCAUCUGCUGCAGACUUGCAGGAGCAUCCUGGUGCAGUACGGGUAAAAGAUGGCGCGGCUGAGCCUUUAUUAGAAGAAAAUGAAGACGACACCGAGGUAUGGAGAAAAGGACAUGGUCGACAGCGGAGUGAUACUACCACUUCACGGUCUACUACGAAUUCACUCAGCUCAAGAGGCGAUCUGAUCAUGAGUGAUGAAGAGGAUGAUGCUGUGCCCCUCGAUGAUGAGUUUGCUGUUGCUCUAAGUCGACGGAUGACCAAUCAAGGUGUAAAUGAAGAAUCAGGAAAUGGAAAAUCGAGGAGUACAAGUGGCAAACGUCCAAGGGAUUCUCUACGAUCCAAUCGAACCACUUCUUCCAAAUCAAUAAGAAGUCCUGGCAGUAAAAGCCAGAGAUCAAUGUCACAAAAGAGCCUUGCACCCGUCGUACCAUUGCCCGAGAACGAUGAUUCGCAUGCUCCGACACUGCUCGAUCUCCAACAGCAGGAACAAGAGGUCGAAAGGGAAGAAGAAUUGGAAGUCAAGGUUAAACGGGAAGCGGCUCGACGACUCGCCUUGGAAAGAGGCCUAAGUUCUACUGAAGUCAAACCUGAUCCUCCAGCUCAAACAGAUGACAUAAUUGACCAUACUCUGCAAAUUCCUGAAUCAGGGCUAGAAACUCCAGACCUUCCGGAGCCAAUACCAGACCAGGUUAUACCGGAGGAUUCGAGCACCAUUGAUCGCCCGGAGGAAGAGGGCUCCGACUAG